UUUGCUAUGUAGGUAAAGUUGAUUCUUUUUGAUGAGGACUCGCCACUGAUACACUUGCUUCGGUUUUUGAAACGGUUGGAAUACGCUCAUUGGUACGCUCGAAGAUAUUCGACGAACCGGGCAGACUUCAAGAGUUAAACUCUGGUGUCUGAUCGCUCAAAUUUAUCCGGGACACUUUUUUUUAAUGAAGUUUUGAAAGUCCGGGAGCAGGUUUCACCAUGACAGAGCGGACUCCUCUCCUCCACUACCGCCUCUCUACCAGCGUCAAUGAAUCCGAGCUGCGGUCGCAGGCGGGCAGGCAGGCCCCGGUUCAUAACCCGGGCAGCCAAGGGCGGAGGGCUGCCCAGCAGAAGCAACAGAAGAAACUCUCCACCUUCUUCGGUGUAGUCAUCCCUACCUUGCUAUCGAUGUUCAGCGUGGUAGUCUUUCUCAGAAUAGGACUUGCAGUGGGACAGGCUGGGCUCUACCAGGCUAUUGCCAUGUAUGUUGUGGCCUACAUCAUCAUCUGUAUGACCGUGCUGUCUGUCUGCGCCAUCUCCACCAAUGGAGCCCUUGAUGCCGGGGGAGCUUAUUACAUGAUCAGCCGAGCACUGGGACCAGAAUUUGGUGGCAGCAUCGGCAUCAUGUUCUUCCUGGCUAAUGUGUGCGGCAGUGCUCUGAUGGUGCUCGGUCUGGUUGAAGCCAUCUUGUCCACAUUUGGAGUCCCUGAAGCUGGGAAUGUAGCCACUUCUCACUACCAGGUUCUUCCAUCUGGCUACUGGUGGUCUCUGCUUUAUGGCACUGGGAUUGCCCUACUGUGCCUGCUGGUGUGCCUGGUGGGAGCCCACAUUUAUGCCAAAACCACCUUCCUCAUCUUUGUGAUUGUUAUUGUUGUCCUGAUCACUGUCUUCAUCAGCUUCUUCGCCGUGCACCCUCAAUCUAUCACGCUUCCUGACCUGAAGCCCAAUGCGACGGGCCCCACCACAGCCAAUUUUACAGGCUUCAAGUUGGAGACACUGCUUGGGAACGUAUGGGCUGAUUACACUGUAGAUUACACAACGCAAACCACGAUGACCUUCGCCACCGUGUUCGCCGUCAUGUUCAACGGCUGCACGGGGAUCAUGGCCGGCUCCAACAUGUCAGGUGACCUGAAGAAUCCCAGCUACUCCAUUCCCCGGGGCACCAUCACAGCCGUAAUCUUCACCUUCAUCGUCUACAUCAUGCUCAGCGUGCUGGUCGCCUGCACCUGCGAUCGCCUUCUCCUUCAGAGGGAUUACAGUUUCCUGAGAGACAUCAAUGUUUGGCACCCCUUCGUCCUCAUCGGAGUUUAUUCCUCCACGCUGUCUGCUGCCAUGAGCAACCUCAUCGGGGCCUCACGCGUCCUCUAUGCCAUGGCAAAGGAUGACCUGUUUGGUAAGGCGCUGUGGCUGGCUAAGAAGACAUCUCACAGUGGCAACCCCUGGGUCUCAGUGCUGAUCUCCUGGUUCCUAGUGCAGCUGGUCCUGUUUUCAGGGAAGCUCAACACCAUCGCCAGCAUUGUGACCAUUUUCUUCCUGCUGGUGUACGCUGCUGUGGACUUGGCUUGCCUUGCCCUAGAAUGGGCCUCGGCACCUAAUUUCAGGCCCACCUUUCGUUAUUUCACCUGGCACACAUGCAUAUUGGGCAUCAUCGGUUGCGCCAUCAUGAUGUUCCUCAUCAACGCCAUCUACGCCUCGGCCAGCAUCGCGUUCAUGCUCCUGCUGCUUCUGCUGAUUCACUACCUCAGUCCCACCUCCAGCUGGGGCUACAUCAGCCAGGCUCUCAUUUUCCACCAGGUGCGUAAGUAUUUGCUAAUGCUGGACGUGAGGAAGGACCACGUCAAGUUCUGGAGACCUCAGAUCCUGCUCAUGGUUUCCAACCCUCGCAGUAGCGUGGGCCUCAUCACCUUCAUCAACGACAUCAAGAAGAGCGGCCUGUACGUGCUGGGACAUGUCCAGCUCGGAGACCUCAACACGUUGCCGUCUGACCCUCUGCAGGCCCAAUAUGAGUCCUGGUUGUCCCUGGUGGACCAUCUAAAUAUCAAAGCCUUUGUCAACCUGACCUUAGCUGAUUCUGUACGUCAUGGUGUCCAACAUCUCCUCUUCAUUUCAGGACUUGGUGGGAUGCGUCCUAACACCCUUGUCCUGGGUUUCUAUGAUGACUGUCUUCCAAAAGACAAACUGAUUGACCCGUCAAUGUCGAGCACUCAGUCCACGGAUCCCUCAGGUCCUUCUCAGGAGCCUGAGCAACCUCCUCUCUUCCACUUUGUAUCCCUGCGGGGCUCUAGUAACAGACUGGACUAUGGUGAAUUUGGAGACGGAAAGGUUCUAGGGCCCCAGGAGUAUGUAGCUAUCAUUGCUGAUGCCAUGAAGAUGCUCAAGAACGUGGUACUAGCUCGAUACUUCAACAACUUUGACAGAGCCCAGGUUCUCUCACCUCCAUCCUGCGCUCCCGGGAAGAGAGCUGUGUAUGUGGAUGUCUGGCCAGUCAACCUCCUACGCCCAGACAGCUGUAGCUAUGUGGAUACCUGCUCUCUAUUCCUGCUGCAGCUGGCAUGUAUCCUUAACAUGGUGCGGGACUGGCGCAAAGCUACACUGCGUCUCUUCCUGUGUGUUGAGGAGGGCCGAAGUGUGAGGGGCCCGGAGGAGAAGCUCAGCCAGCUGCUUAAGGAGUUGAGAAUUAAGGCUCAGAUCCACCCCGUGCCUUGGGAUCAGCAGGUGGCACUACACUGGCAGCGUCAAGGCAACUGGGGGAAGAAACAGCUGGAUGCUACUACGGAAGAGAAGAAGCUGCAACCUGAGGAGGAGGAGGAUGAGGAGAACGAAGAAGAUUACGUCAACAGCUUCCCAAGCAACGCCACACGUGUGUCAGAUGACUACCUUUCAGCUGUCAACAAGCUGAUCCUGGAUCAGGCCCGGCCCCAACCCGCUGUGCGUUUCUUGUACUUGCCACGCCCCCCAGCUGACACCCGCCGCUAUACUGCUUACCUGCGCCAGCUGGAGCUGCUGACUCAGGACCUUGGCCCUACGCUGCUCAUCCACGGCGUAACACCAGUCAUCACCACCGACCUUUGAAACGGCACACUCGAUGAAGUGUGCUUCACACGCAGAGUUUUCGUGAAUUCACUGAAGGUGUGUGGACCUUGGAGCUGCCUUUGUCUGACCUGUCCACCCAACAGUAGUUCAACAAAACACCUCGUCACUCACAGAGACUGUCUGCACUCCCUUGCACAUUUUACACUGAUGCAGAACAAAGUCUUCAGUUUCAACUUGACUGUCUACAUAUUUACCAUUUCUUUAUUUUAUAUGUGCACUCCAGUAACCAUUCUAGUAUUCCAAUCAAGCCCCUGAAGGCACCAUCAUAUUCCAUUUAUGGACCUCAUCUCAAUAUAAGAUGAGUACAAUCAGAUGAUGAUUGGAUUUACCAAAAUAAUGUUUUCAGGGGAAAAGCAGGAGGUGAAUGUUGAAAAAGUAGAGCCAGUCAAUCAAAACCACAGUCAAAUGGCACAAUUGUUCUCACUUUUCACCAGUGUUACAUUAAUGAGCUAAAUCGCUCGCAGCAGGCUCAGCUAGUUUUAAAUUUCCCCUCUCCUAGAGCUUCCUUCCCUGUUUUCUUACAAUAAUCAUUCUAUUUUAGUUUUUUAUUUUUCCAGAUCAAAAAGUGCCUUGCUAGUUAGGGAGCUGGAGUUGGACUGUUAGACCUUGACUCAUGAAAUCUGCUUUUUUUGCCUUUACAAAUGAAACACCCGAACAAUAACAAUGGUGCUUGAUGCCUUUAAGGUUUUAUUCCAAAAAUCUUGCGUGUGGUAUCUGAGGAACACACUCCACCUUUUAUCCAAAUACACUUUUGUCUCUCCACUGCCAAAUAGCAGCCUUCCAACAUUAAUUUAACAUGUUUACAAUGCAAAUCGUUACUGUGAUUAUCUAUGUUUUAUUGAUAUGUCAUUUUUGGUACGGCCUUGUUGGCCAGGCUUAAUUUAAGUAACUUCUUUGCCUUUUACCUAAACCAUUUCUUUAGCGAGUCUAUGUAGCUUUUGCUAAACUGUAUGGACAAAUUUAUGGGAUAUUUGUAACUGCUAGAGUACCAAUAUACAUAGUGUGUCAUCACUGUGUGACCCAGCAUUCUGUGACAAAUUGGAUUUCCGUUCUUUGGAAAAUCCCUCUCUUUUCUUUGUAAAAAUCUGAAGGCUGGGGGUCCAUAAAUAUUUCAUGUAAAAUAAAUUAAUUCACUUCAACUUAAACUUGAAACUCUUUUUCACCCUGACUCCAACAUGCCUGUGUGGUACUUGAAGAGAGGUCGGUGCUUGGUUUUGGACAUGGCUUGAAAUGUUUGGUUUUUUUGUUUGUUUGGGGGUUUUUUGCAGUUUUUGGAAUGACACAUAUUUUUAUUUCUAGACCCACUGGGUCCACUCUGUUACUGCAGCUGGGUUCCCUUUUGGACACUACAGCCCCCAACAAGCAACUGAUUAUAGAGUUCUUCUUUGUCCUGCAAAAAAAGAAACCUCACAUGCUUUAUUGAAGGAAUGAAAUGUUUAGGGUUCGAUAUAUACUUUUAAAUUGAAAUGGCAGAUAAAUAGUAAAAUGUUUGUAUUAUAUGUCCUUUUUGUUUUGUUAUACCUGCUCAGAUUGUUUGCAAAAGCCAGAUCAAACUUAACUACUUCUCCAAAUGUCUGCACUUUGUUUCCUUCAGCCUUAGACCAGUUUAUGCGUCUUUGAGAAGAGAUCUGAGGGGUUUUUGUGAGCGCUUGUUUGUGUGAGGUAAACUUUGGAAAUAGGGCCUGAGAUAGCUCGGCAGCUCAGACAGAGAGAUUCUAGAGGGUGCCAGCCAGCCAAAUUACUUUGUCCUACAGUCACCCUCGCUGCCAACCAGGCAGAAAUGGAUUCCAUCUCCAUUCUGAGGUGAACAACAGAUUGGAGAAAUAAGCCCAAAUAACCAUCGAUAUCUGUUCAGGAGGAGGGAGGCUGACAUUUAUCACUGAGGGAAAGACGUGGGCUCUGAGAGGAUUGAGUCUGUGUGUGUGCAGAGAAAAAAAGAUCGUAACUUAGUUUUCUGACGUGCUUGUUUAUUGGUUGCACCAUUAAUGGCAAGUAAUUAGUCUUAAGAAAAAUGCAAUUUGUAAGUAGAUCGAAACAAAUACCAAUCAGUAUGAAUCAAAAAAACUGAUAUAAUCCAACAUGAAUCAAAAAUACAAAGGCGUAUGCUCUUACAAUUUACAGUUGAAAAGCAGUUUGAUUAGAUUUUGUUUCCCUUUCUUUUUGUCGUAAAUAUACUAUUAGUUUUACAAUGAAAUCAUCCCAUGUACAAAUAAUCCCUGAGAGCCAAAAGCUCAGACAGUUUCUGACUGUUGGUAAGAGAGGAUAUUCCUAAUAUGGUUAUCUCAAGCACACUCCUCUAGCCUUAAGCACAGACGCUCCACCCAGCUGUACAAACCUGUUCAUGAGAAAGACCCAGUUAGAAGAACGCUGGCUUGAAUCAGACAUCAGGACGAUUUUUGGGGUGGCUGUAGGUCAAGAGGUUGAGCAGGUCAUCUGCUAAUCAGAAGGUUUGUGGUUUCCUUCCUGGCUGCUCCAAUCUGCGUGCCAGCCAACAUAUUUGUGCAAGACAAAUGUGAACCUCAACUUUGAUGCAUUCAUCAGAGUGUGAAUGUUAGAUACAGAGCACUUGGGCUUAGAAAGUGCUUGUGUGAAUAGGUGAUUGAGGCAUUUUGUAUAAGUGCUCCGAGUGCUCAAAUAGAGCAGAAAAGCACUAUAUAAGAGCCAGUCUAUUUGCUGUUUAUCUCCUGUUUGAUACACUGUGUUUGACAAG